AUGAAAUAUGGACUCGUCCUAGCGGCUUUGACAUUUGGUGUUUCCGCUAAUGCAUCUCAAGACCGAUGGCACGAGUGCAAAUUUGAGCUUAACGCCCAAGGUGGCGUAAACGGAUGCAUUAGUCAAAUAGAAGAUGGGCAGUGUCGAAUCGGGAGCAAAUAUCCUGCGACAACGUUUGUGCUUGAUAAAGAUACAGGCACUCUGAGAGAUACAAAAGGUCGCGGAUGUAUCAUAACAUCGUGGGCACCGCAUCAGCAGAUACAGUGUGAUGAAGGAAAGACGGGAUCUACAGGCUGGACCAUUGAAAAUGGAGAAUUGAAACAUGACGGGUGCAAAGAUUUCGCAGCUUGCCCGGUCAAUGAUCACGGCGAAUGGAACAUCUACAAGUACGCGAUCAAAGAUCAACUCAAGUGCGUCGUUCUGAAUGGGGAGAACAAGGGAGAGGCGGCCACUCCUCAAAGACUUGGCCAAAGCCGUCCCCCUCAGAGUUGUGCUGCCACGAAUGCUCUCAGGGGAAACAUUCUGCUUGCCCGAAGUCCUGUUCCAAAGAUUGUCACACGCCCACUCCACAGCCUCGACCAAAGCCCUGUUGCUAUGAGUGCCCGAAAGAACCGGAGCAUGAAUGUCACAAGUCUUGUGAUAGGAAAUGUAAACCAGCACGGCCAUCAGAUGAGUCUCGUCAUCCGAGGGUCCACGAAUGCUUAG